AUGAAUAAUAACUCGACAUGCAUUCAACCAUCCGUGAUUUCUACCACAGCUUUACCAAUCACUUACAUCUUUUUAUGUAUUGUUGGUCUCUUUGGAAACUCAGUUGCUCAGUGGGUAUUUUUAACAAAAAUAGGUAAGAAAACAUCAACACAUAUCUACUUGGCCAAUCUUGUAACUGCAAACUUACUUGUAUGUACUGCUAUGCCUUUCAUGGGUGCAUAUUUCUUGAGGGGUUUUUAUUGGAAAUAUCAGUCUGUACAAUGCAGACUGGUCAAUUUUUUGGGAACUCUAUCCCUGCAUGUAAGUAUGUUUGUCAGCCUCAUAAUUUUAAGCUGGAUUGCCAUAAGCCGCUAUGCUACUUUAAUGAAAAAGGAGUCCAUGCAAGAGGCCACCUCAUGCUAUGAGAGAAUAUUUUAUGGUCAUUUACUGAAAAGAUUUCGCCAGCCCAAGUUUGCCAGAACAACGUGUAUUUACAUAUGGGGAGUUGUGCUUGUCGUAAUCAUUCCAGUUAUCCUAUACUACUCAGUGGUUGAGGCUACAGAAGAUGGAGAGAGCCAUUGCUACAAUCGGCGGAUGGAACUGGGAGCCAGUCCUUCUCAGAUUGCGGGUCUCAUUGGAACCACAUUUAUUGGAUUCUCAUUUUUAGUAGUAGUAACAUCAUACUAUUCUUUUGUUAGCCAUCUGAGAAGAGUAAGAACCUGUACCUCCAUUACCGAGAGAGAUUUGACCUACAGAUCUGUGAAAAGACACCUUUUGAUCAUCCAGGUCCUCCUAGUAGUUUGCUUUCUUCCAUACAGUAUUUUUAAACCCAUUUUUUAUGUUCUGCACCAGAAGGAAGAAGACUGUCAGCAGCUGAAUUAUUUAAUAGAAGCAAAAAAUAUCCUCACAUGUCUUGCAUCUGCCAGAAGUAGUACAGACCCCAUUAUAUUUCUUUUAUUAGAUAAAACAUUCAAGAAGACGCUAUAUGAUCUCAUUACAAAAUCUUAAUUCACUGCACAUACUACCAUAUGGUUGGCUUUUGGAUAGAAAACACCACAAAAUAGAAAAAAAAUGCAUGUGACUCUAUUAGUGACAUUAACGGGCACCAUGAAAACCUCUAUGGGUUUAAAAACAAAUAUAUGCAUAAAAUGAGACCUGCAGUUCUACUUAUACUGAAAUGUGAGAUGGCAGAGACUUUUGGAGACAAGUGAAGCAUACCAGAAGGAUUCUACUGUGUAUGAAGACAGAC